UGGACGAACUACGGGAAGGGAUGGAGAUCCCGGUGGUUCCUCCUCCGCAAUGGGAUCCUGUCAUAUUCCAAGAUCCGGCGGCCGGAGAAUAUGAAUCUCCUCCCUCGGGCGGAGGAUGUGAGGCUGAUCGGAGAUAUUUCCACCGAUCGUCUCUCGAGGAUGAAUAGCUGCAGCGGACGCCGGAAACAGCACAAAACCGUCGGCAUUGUUCAUCUCAAGCAGAUUUCAUCUUUCCGGGAAAGCAAAUCCGACGAUAGAAAGUUUUAUAUAUUUACUGCUACCAAGACCCUUCAUCUGAGGACUGAUUCUAAAAAUGAUAGAGCAACAUGGUUACAAGCUUUAGCAACUACGAGAUGCUUGUUUCCACUCAGGUCGCUUAAUGGGAACUUGUCCCUCAUAUCACCAAGAGAGUUAUCCAUAUCGACUGAGAGGCUGAAGAAACGUUUACUGGAAGAGGGAAUGAGUGAGAAUCUUGUAAAGGAUUGUGAGCAGAUCGUUCUCUCAGAAUUCUCUGAAAUGCAAGGACAGCUUCGACUUCUACAUCAAGAACGGACUGACUUGCUUGACGCUUUGAGGCAGCUGGAGACAGCUAACCUCGAAGCUGAAGCUUCAGGGAUCCAGGACAAUGUCUACCAGCUGACAAAGCAUGAAUUUUCCAGCCUUGGUCGUGGAAAAUAUAGUGAAUGCAGCACAACUGCUUCAUCUGAUGAUAUUGAGAAACAAGAGUUUGAGGAUGUGUCUGAGGAAGAUGAGCCUUCCUUCCAUGACACAGUGGAGUACUUCACUGAACCUGAUGUUGGGUCUGGAUGUAAACAUAUCAAGAGAAGAACAAAGCUUCCCGAUCCAGUUGAAAAAGAGAAAGGUGUAAGUCUUUGGUCUAUGAUCAAAGACAAUGUUGGAAAGGAUCUCACACGAGUUUGUCUCCCUGUCUAUUUCAAUGAACCGAUAUCAUCUCUCCAAAAGUGUUUUGAAGACUUGGAGUAUUCUUAUCUUCUGGACCGAGCAUAUGAAUAUGGAAAAUCUGGGAACAAUCUACUGAGAGCCCUGAAUGUUGCUGCAUUUGCGGUCUCUGGUUAUGCUUCCACUGAAGGCCGGCACUGUAAACCUUUUAACCCUUUGCUUGGAGAAACUUAUGAAGCUGACUAUCCUGAGAAGGGAAUUCGUUUCUUCUCCGAGAAGGUCAGCCACCAUCCAACUAUUAUCGCCUGCCACUGCGAAGGUAAAGGGUGGAAGUUCUGGGGUGACACGAAUCUUCGGUCGAAGUUUUGGGGGAGAUCAAUUCAAGUUGAACCUUCAGGAGUUCUGACUCUUGAAUUUGAUGAUGGAGAAAUGUUCCAGUGGAGCAAGGUAACAACAACUAUAUACAACAUAAUACUAGGUAAGCUGUAUUGCGAUCACCAUGGAGUUAUGGAAAUACGUGGGAAUCGCCAAUAUUCUUGUACGCUCAAGUUUAAGGAGCAAUCUAUUCUUGAUAGAAAUCCUCACCAGGUUAAUGGUUUUGUAGAAGAUAUUAGUGGCAAAAAGACUGCGACGAUAUUUGGUAAAUGGGAUGAUAGCAUAUAUUAUACGGUUAUGGAUGGAAUAAGCAAGACAAAAGUGGGUGAUCCCACGGUAAAUGCCUCGUUACUGUGGAAAAGGACGAAGCCACCUCCUAAUCUCACUAGAUACAACUUAACAUCGUUUGCCAUCACUCUAAAUGAGCUGACGCUUGGUCUGAAGGAGAAGCUCCCUCCCACUGAUUCAAGGCUAAGACCAGAUCAGAGGCACCUUGAGAACGGGGAAUAUGAGAAGGCAAAUGCAGAGAAGCAACGGUUAGAGAGAAGGCAAAGGAUGUCGAGGAAACUUCAGGAAAGCGGGUGGAGACCGAGAUGGUUCGAGAGACGGGAAGAAGAUGGAACGUACGAGUACAGAGGCGGGUACUGGGAAGCACGAGAAGGGAGGAGUUGGGUCGAUUGCCCUGACAUUUUCGGCGAAUUCACUGAAGAGCUUUCUUCCUGAUUGGAUUCUCUUGAAUGCUUUCCGGGUUCGGUUCCAGAGGGGAAAGAGGAAGAACUUUGUUUCCGAAGAUAAUUGAUGUCUACUGAAAAAAAUAAAAGGUUUUUGAAUUUCUGCAGAUUUGCCUCCACGAA